AUGGCAAUCCAGGCUUUUACCUUCCCUUUACCCGAGACCAGGUUUUUCCUGGCUGAACAACGUGUUUUCAAAUUCAAGAUAAGACGAGGAGACAUGAGCAGCAUUGAUGAGGAGGACAUGCUGGAUGGGGCGCUAGUCAGUGAGGAGCUGGAGAAUGCUGUGCGGGCGGUUUUGGCAAACUUAGAUGAUCUUCAUCCUUUCACAACUCAAAAUUUCAACAUUUUUCCUUACAAAAGGAAAUGGGAACAAGUGUCCAAAAUGAGGUUUACGAAAGAGGGUCAAGACCUUAUUCCAUAUCCCUUCCUGAUAACACUGUAUGUGGAGUAUCGUGAACCAGCCUUUCAACACACAGUGACAAACACCAGUGACUGGAACACAGCGGAGACAUUUCCUACAAUGAAAAGAGCACAGUGUGCUUGUGAGCCAUUGAAGAUGCACCAAACCACUGUGAUGGAUCCUCCAGAAGAGGGCAAUAUGAGCCAACACAAGCAGAAUAAACUAAGCUCAGAGGAUUUACAGUGCUGUCAGGAGUCCCCUUUUUCGGCCAUUGGUGCAGAAGCGAUGGUUUGUGGCACUAAGAUUCAUGCUGAUUCAGAUGCGACUUGUCUACAAGAGCCAGAAGUGUGUGAUGCUGCUCCUAAGAGUCACGAUUCAAACUCAGGACAGAACAGUGGGAUCAUUGCGAGAAUGGCCAGCUCACUGUUUCCCUUCUCUGUGUUCUUCAAUAAGAGUUCUGCAAGGUAA